GUCCCGGUACGGGUGGAGCGGAGCGAUACCGGGAGCGAUACCGGGAGCGGGGGGGGGGGCCCGGGGGGGGGUCGUCACGGCGGAGCCCCCCAACAUGGCUCGGGACAAGGAGAAGCGAAGUUGCGGGCAGAUGUUGGCCGAAUGGCGGGCAUUCGUGUGGGACCCCCGGAGCCGCCAGUUCCUGGGCAGAACUGGUACCAGUUGGGGUCUGAUCCUGCUUUUCUACCUGGUGUUUUACGGGUUCCUGGCCGGGCUCUUCGCUCUCACCAUGUGGGUGCUGCUCCAGAGCGUCGACCCCCACGUCCCCAAGUACCAGGAUCGACUCGCCACCCCUGGGAUGAUGAUCCGCCCGCGCGCGGAGGGGCUCGACGUCACCUUCAACGUCACCCAGAGCCAGACCUGGCGUCACUACGUCCACGCCCUGCACCAGUUCCUCGAGCGUGAGUGUACUGGGAGGCACUGGGAGGGUGCUUCAGCCCCUCCCGGCCUCCCCCCCACCCCCGAACUCUAUGACUCGAUUCCGCCGCGGGGGGGCGCCAAAGGCCUCGACGCAGCCAAUGAAAUCGCGGCGGGGCAGCUCGGGACCGCCGGCGGGGCCGGGGGUGGCGCUAAAGGGCGCGACUCAACCAAUGGGAGCGCGGCGGCGCAAAGCGACGGGGGCGACGGCGCCGCUCGGAUCCGCUGA